AUUGAUUGAAAUGAAAUCUUGGUAGAACUCGUAGGGCGGACUGAUCGGAAUGGCUUCUAUCCACCUACUUUAAACUUUAAACGAACUUUUAUUUGAUAAUUACACACACGCACACCCUCUUUUCUGGUUGUUCAUCUGUAUUCAAGGGUGUAAAAGUUGUCUUUUUGGAGGCUUGUUGUAGAUCCAAAUUUGUUUUCUUUCAGAUGUCACCUCACUGUUCUUAUUGAUUGAUGUAAUAAGAGAACCCCCACCUAAAAAUUACGAUUCCAAUUUCCAACGAAAAAAGACUUCACCUCUGUAACUUUCCGCAAAUGGGUACGUGUUAUUCCACCACCGGCAGCCGCCGGAGACAUAGAAAAGACGGCGACGGUAACAAAGAUGAUGAAAAUGAUAGACGGUGGAAGUCCAAGAGUGGUAGAAAGAUCAAUCUUAAAUCCACUGAUUUAAAGUUCAAGUUCGGUGGCGGCGGCGGCAGCAGGAGUGCUGCGGCGGAGGAACGUGCCCUCCACCAGGUUCCCGGUAGGCUAUUCGGUAAUGGGUCCAGUAGCAUCGCCAGUUUAUACACGCAACAGGGCAAGAAAGGCACAAAUCAAGACGCCAUGAUCGUUUGGGAGAACUUCUGUUCGACAAAUGAAGCGGUGUUUUGUGGAGUAUUUGAUGGGCAUGGCCCAUACGGACAUAUGGUCGCUAGGAAAGUUAGGGAUUCUCUUCCCGUUUUGUUGUCUACUCACUGGACGACUGGUUCUGAUAGUGAGAACAGAAAUGGUAAUGAGGAAGAAGAAGACGAAGAGGAAGAAGAAGAAGAAAAAUGGUGUGAAGAAUUGGAGUUUGGUAAUGGUGAGAAAGAACGAGUUCCUGAAAAGUAUCUUCCACUUAAAAAGUCGAUUUUGAAAGCUUUUAGGUUAAUGGAUAUGGAGCUCAAGACACAUCCAUCUAUUGAUUGUUUCUGUAGUGGAACAACUGCUGUUGCUUUGAUCAAACAGGCUCAAGAUCUUAUAAUAGGAAAUCUUGGGGACUCGAGAGCGGUUUUGGCAACUAAAGAUGACAACAAUGGUUUAGUUGCUGUCCAAUUGACCGUUGAUUUAAAACCGAAUCUCCCAAGAGAAGCAGCAAGGAUUCAACAGUUUAAAGGGCGUGUUUUUGCAUUACAAGAUGAGCCAGAAGUCGCACGCGUUUGGUUACCGAAUAGUGAUUCACCCGGUCUAGCAAUGGCUAGAGCUUUUGGUGACUUCUGUCUAAAAGACUUCGGUUUAAUCUCCACCCCGGAUAUUUAUUACCACCAUAUCACCCAAAAAGACAAAUUUGUCCUUCUCGCAUCCGACGGGGUUUGGGAUGUUCUCUCGAAUAAAGAAGCUAUCGACAUUGUGGCUGCUGCCCCAAGUCGGUCAACGGCUGCCCGGGCCCUUGUUGACUGUGCCACAAGGGCUUGGCGGCUCAAAUACCCGACAUCCAAAAACGACGAUUGUGCUGUUGUAUGUCUAUUUCUUGACCCAAAACCCAUGUCAAUUGCACCCAUAGAAGAACAAAAAGAAGAAAAUAUUAGUAGUAGUAGUGUUACACAGGAUUUGGUGAAUGUUAAAGAGUCGAGUGAGAUUGAGCCAUAUGUUGAACCAGUAAACAACAAGCCAAUUGAAAAUGGUGUUGGGGGAUCUAAAAGGAGCUUAGCAGAGUGCAUAUCGAGUACUGAAGAUGAAGAAUGGUCAGCACUUGAAGGUGUGACACGUGUCAAUAGUUUGGUGAGUAUUCCACGGUUCUUGUCUGGUGAUAAAAGAUCAAGCAAUUCGAGAAAGUCUGUUAUCAAGAUUUGAUUUUGAAUUGAAACCCGAAUCUUUUUUAAUGUGAUAUAUUUAUUUUGAGGUUUAAUUAUCAAGAACAGUAGGGACAGGUGUAGAUUUUUAUGGUGAUACGAGCUGUAGGGGUGAGAAUUGAUCAGAGUAGUGUUGGUUGGUGUAAUUCUUUGUUUUGAUUUUGGGUUUGAAUUUUUCUGAUUCUGUGCGAAGUUGUAACAGAUUUGGAUCAAUCGUUGUAUUGUUAAAGAUACAGAUUUAUUCUGUGUAUAGAAAUAUGAUGAGUAUAUGUGGUGAA